GGUCCGCCGUAGUGGCCGGACCGCAGUGUUGAAAAGUGGUGCUUUCACGAGGCGAUCUUGCUAGGGUCAGGUCGGCCGCUAGCAGACAUUACGUCCUAGGAUAUGUUGACCAUGGCCGAUACAGGAGGUCUCUUGGUUCAAAAGACGAUGCUUCGCCGUUUCUCGGUCGGAACCAAACUAUUCUCAGUCUUGUACCUUGUUGUACCUCAUUCUGCAUCAUUACCGCCGCUUCAGCCAUGGGUCUGAAGACCUUUCUCAAAAAAGAACACAAGGCGCCUUCCAGUGAGGAUUUCGCGCCCGACUCGGAAAAGGACUUGGAGACGUACGGACACAACACCGACAUCACGACUGGUUGGACGGGCGAUGGCUUCCCAGGAGCAUCUGAAUACCCCCAUACCCAGGGAGAAGACUACAAGACGCUGGGUCGAUGGCGAGCCUGCGUAAUUCUCAUCACGAUCGAGGUUGGAAUUGGCAUUCUCAGUCUCCCUCAGGCUCUCCAGACGCUGGGUCUUAUCCCAGGCAUCAUCGCCAUCUUGGGCUUUGGCGGCCUCACAACCUAUUGCGGCUAUAUCCUCCUCCAAUUCCACAACCUCUACAAAAUGACCACCAAUCUCGUCGAUUGCGCCUUGUAUGUUGGGGGGAAGCCGUUCGAGUAUUUUCUCGGUGUAGUCUUCAUUUUCAACCUCGUUUUGAUUUGCGCCUCGGUCAAUGUGACCCUGUCAAUCGCUCUCAACACGCUGUCGGAGCACGCUCUCUGUACCGUGGCUUUCAUGGCCUUUCCGCAUAUUGUCUGCUGGCUGCUAACCAUUCCACGGAAACUCACCUUCGCCGCGGCGGCCAGCUGGGUAUGCACAAUUUCCACCGUCGCUGCAGUCAUGAUUGUCAUGGUUGCACUCGGUGUCUCAGGACCAGAGGCACCUCCUGGAUUCGAGGUUUCCAUAACGCUCAUUGGAAAGCCGACGUUCAUUCAAACCAUCAACGCACUGUUGAACAUUGCAUUCGCCUUCGCGGGAAACCAGUCCUUUAUAUCUGUAAUGGCGGAGAUGAAGGACGCCUCCAAGGACUUUCCACCAGCUCUUUUCAUGCAAAAGUCAUUCGAAGUCGUCAUAUACAUUAUUGUGGCCUGCGUAAUUUACGGCUUAGCCGGCGAUGCCACCACCUCGCCUGCUCUGGGCUCUGCCCCCAAGAUCACGGCUAAAAUCGCCUAUGGCAUCCUGAUCCCCUCAAUUCUGGGUACGGGUCUCGUCAUUGGCAUCACAGCUAUCAAAUACAUGUACAUCACCAUCAUGCGCGCCACCAAGCCCGACCAGGUCAACGUGCACAACGCCUUCACAUGGACGCUAUGGAUCGGUCUCGGCGCGCUCUUCUGGACCGUAUCCUUUGUCAUCUGCAAUGCCGUCCCGAUCUUCUCCUCCAUCCUCAACAUUUCCUCCGCCGUCUUCGUCUCGUGGUUUACUUUUGGCUUCACCAGCAUCUUCUGGCUGCACAUGAACUGGACCACGCAAUGGAGCACGCCGCGCCAGCGAUGCCUCGCCGUCAUCAACUACUCCAUCAUGCUCAUGACGGUGUUCCUCAUGAUUGGCGGUCUCUACACGUCUCUCACGGCGUUGAUCGACAUAUACAACGACCCGAAUAGUAAUCUAAGCGCGCCUUUUAGCUGCGCCGAUAACAGCUUAUUCUAG